GCACUGGGAGCACUGGGAAGGAGGGCUGGGAGCGAGGCACGGUGACAACAAUCACGUCUUUCUCUGGCACCGAGCGCGGCGGGCUCGGCGCACACGCGGAUCUGGCGCUCGGCAACAAUUCCUCCUCCUCCUCCUCCUCUUCCUCCUCCUCCCGCUGCUGCUGCUGCUGCGGAGGCAGCUCCUUGUUUCAAAACAAAGCUAAUUAAUCACAGAAUAAGCCCUGCCCGCGCCGCCGGCUCCGCUCUCCCAGGAGCGGGCUGGAGUUUUCCAGCGGGUGGGUGUCCCCUGCCGCCACCCCCAGGGACUCCCGGCUGUCCCCACAUCCCCAUUUCCCGGCCCCGGGCAGAUGGAGCCUGAAGGAUGGGACGCAGGGCUUGGUUUGCUGCCAGCUGGGGAUGAGCUUUGAUUUAAACCCUGGUGGCACUUGGUGCAGACGGGGAGGGGGUGACACGGUGGUGGCACGAGCUGAGUGUCCCCUGCCCUGCGGCCACUGGAUUUUCCUGGCUGGAAAACCGCACCGCACCGAAGGGACACGGCCAGGAAGGCUCGGGGGGGACGUUUCUGCUCCAAAAAAGACAUUUUUGUCCACGAGAGGACCAGAGGAACCAGGGACAUGUUGCAUGUCCAGAACUCUGAGAGGUCCCGGAGUUGGGGGCACCCUCCCACAGCCAUCCCGAUCCCGGGAUCUCUUGGAUUUGGGGUCCAGGACCCCCUCCCUCCCUCCCCGUCAUCCCCCUCUCUCCAUCUGCAGCAGAACCGGGAAACCUGAGCUGCUCUGGCUCCUCGAAAUCCCAAUCCCGGCCCUGCCAGGGGCUGCUCCUGCAAUUCCACACUGGGCUGGCAGCGGCUGGCAGCGAAACCGGAGCUUUUCCCAAAAUUCCCACUCUCUGGACCGCCCCGUUUUGCCUUAAAUGUUUUUAUUCCCAUCACGGGGCUUUUGUUUUUUACCCCCAGAACCGGGGGAUUGGUCCUUGCGGGGUGCCUGGAGCAGGAUCCUCUCCUGGAUCCUGGAAUUCCAGCCAGGAAAAGGCAUCGAGAGGACCCACGGAGGAAUUCCAGGCUGUUUAAAGAAAAAGUCGGGAUGGAGACUCGAGUUUGCCAGCUGGAAAAGGACCGGGAUCAAUAGGGAAAGGAGACGCUGCUCAGCCGGGCACGGAAAGGGAGAAACUGAGGCACGAAACGGGGCAGCUCCUCUCACGCCAGGCAUGGAGAGGUGUCACAUCCCAGACCUUUUCCAUGCUCUGCCCGACCUCCGGAGCUGCUCCCACCCCAGGAAAGCUCCAAAUUCGGGAGGCUCCGACCCCUCCCAGCGGCUGCUCUCAGCCAGGGGACUUUGUUUGUUGAAUUUUCUCCCUGCAGGAAUUCUUUCCCCGCCACGGCCAAGUUUCGGUUCCAUCUUCAAAGGCGCCCAUUUACAUUUUUCAAACCUCGGACGUGGCUCCGGCCACCGUUUUUUCCCUGUCUGGAGCAAAAUCUGUUCUCCCAGGGAAAGGGAGUGCUGGGGGUGGCCGUGGUGUCCCCAACCUUGGGGACGUUGCGGUUCUGGUGGCCCUGAUGGGGAUUUCCAGCCAUGCUGGAGGUUGAUCCCCUUUUCCCACAGGGAUUUGGAACCAGACCCCUCCUGGGUCUGGCAGAGGUGGGAGAAGGAAUGUCCAGAGCGUGGAAAUGCCGGGGGACGGGGCCAGGACAGCGGGGACAGCCAGAGGGACCAAGGACAGCAGGAGGGACAGAGGUGGGAUGGGAACACGGAGGAAUUUGGAUCCUGGUGGAUCCCAGUGUGUCCCUCUGGGAAUGGGGAGCUCUGGUCACUCUGGACAUGUUCUGGUCAUUCUGGACAUCCCCUGGUCACUCUAACCAUUCUCUGGUCACUCUGGACGGUGACAACAACCCGGGAGCGGGGACUGUGA